AUGUGUCCUAUGUUCCCAGUUUCGGUGAGCGACGUGGAGGCGAUCCGAGAGGGCCACCAGUCCGAGGUGCUCCUCAGCAUUGCAGACGAGUUCCCAGCCGACCGAUGCUUCACGCUAGUGUUUCGAGGCCGCCGGGGCAACCUGGACCUAGUGGCUGAGUCAGUCGAGGAAGCCCAGUCCUGGAUCCGAGGAAUCAGGAAGCUGAUGGAGAACCUGGAGAACAUGGGGGAGCGCGAGAGACUCGACCAAUGGAUCGGCGACUGGUUCAGGAAGGCAGACAAGAACAACGACGGGCGGAUGAACUUCAGGGAAGUUCGAGACCUCCUGAAGAUGAUGAACGUGGACAUGAACGAGCACCACGCUCGUCGCCUCUUCACGAUGGCUGAUAGGUCCCAGUCAGGGACACUGGAGGACGACGAGUUUGUGCUCUUCUACAAGAUGUUGACCCAGCGGGAAGAUGUGCUGAGGGUCUUCCAGCAGUACUCGCUGGAUGGCCAGACGUUAUCCCAAAGGGACUUGGAGGACUUCCUAAAAGACGGCCAGCUGGAGGGGGAAGAUGUCCAGCAGCACGCCAAGACGCUCAUCCAGCGUUACGAACCCUCCGACACAGCCAAGCUGCUGAACGCCAUGACAUUUGACGGCUUCUUGAUGUACCUCGGCUCCACUGAGGGCUCCAUCUUUAACCCACGGUGGCUGGAAAUCUUCCAGGACAUGAGCCAGCCGCUGUGCCACUACUUCAUAUCCUCGUCCCACAACACCUACCUGAUGGAGGACCAGCUCCGUGGACAGAGCAGUGUGGAGGGAUACAUCAGGGCUCUGAGUCGGGGCUGUCGCUGUGUGGAAGUGGACUGCUGGGACGGCGCUAACGGAGAACCAAUCGUGUAUCACGGACACACGUUCACCUCCAGGAUCCUCUUCAAGGACGUGGUCACCGCUGUGGGAAACUACGCCUUCAAGGUGUCGGAGUACCCUGUCAUCCUGUCCAUGGAGAACCACUGCAGCGUUGAGCAGCAGAGAGUCAUGGCCCGACACCUCAACCAAAUCCUGGGAGACAAACUGCUGAAAAGCACAUUAGAGGGCAAAGCCGCCGUCGGCCUGCCGUCUCCGGAGGAUCUGAAGGGGAAGAUUCUGCUGAAGGCGAAGAAACUCGGCGGUCUAGAGGAGAGUUUCAGCAGCACGGCGGACGACUCUCAGACGGGAGAGGUGAGCGAUGACGACGAGGCUGAGAUGGAAGAAGAUAACGUCCACCGCCAAAGCGUCCGCCACAAGGGCAAAAAGAAAUCAAAGCAGCGUCUGUCCAAGGAGUUGUCUGACUGCGUUGUCUACUGCAAAAGCGUCCACUUCAGCAACUUUAAACACGCGCACGUCCACUCCAAGUUCUACGAGGUGGUGUCUUUCACCGAGUCCAAGGCCCGGAGACACCUGCGAGACACUGGCACUGAGUUUGUGCUCCAUAACUGCCGGCAGCUGACCCGGGUUUAUCCCAGCGGCUUCCGGACCGACUCGUCCAACUUUAACCCUCAGGAAAUGUGGAACGCCGGCUGCCAAAUUGGUGACUCAACGACUUUAAGACUUGAUCUCCAUUUGCAUUUCUGUCAUGUAUUUUCCGUUGUUUCCAGCUUUAUUGCAGGAAACUUGUUUCUUUCUCUGGUCAUUUCCAGCUGUAAGUUUCAUGUUUAAAAGGAAUAAAUAAAGAAGGGACGGAAGGCCGUGACGGUUCUGGGCACGGGUGAAGCGGUCAGCCGCCCGGGGUGGCAUUUUUUAAUGACACAUGGGUGGCGGCACAAGCACUUAAAAAAAA